AUGGCAAAACUCCAAGAACAUAACAAUCUUCUUUCGUCUAAAGUGGACAAAACUCAGCAACUGCUCAAUCAGCAGCAAACGCAGAAUAUCCAAACUAUCGAAUCUUCCCAGAGUCUGCAGACUCCUAAUGGACAGAAGAAGGGUAAGAAGGGGAAAAAGGCAACGCCUGCGCCCUCCAAGCAAUUGGUAGUUCCGGCACCUAGGGACCAGCUGCAGGUACCGAAGAAGGUUUACACCGACAGUCGCCAUCGGAUCAAUGAUAAGGAAGCCGAAAGGCAGAGGUCUCCAAUCAGGAUCAAUGCUAGGUUGAGAGACUCACGAAUGAGGGCUCUGGUAAGCAAGUCGCCCAUUCGAAAGGUACGGGGUUUGGAAUCGAAAGCAGAAUUCGACGAGCAUGUCCCUUCCAAAACCACCAAAUCAACCUAUCGUUCGGCAACUCCCACGCGAUUCUCUGGCGCAAGGCCUUCAAGUCCGCGGAGAUCUUCCGAAGACUACGGUUCCGAGGUCUCAAGCCGAGACCCUGCUAUCUGUCUACAUUUCCAAAAGAUUCAAAAGAUGGAAAACGAUAGGACUCGCUUCCAAGAGCCCGACUGGGGCAAGCUUCGGCGGGGACCGUUCACUGAAAGCAUAAAGUGCUCACGGCAGGAUAAGGAUAUACAACCACUUCGCAUACCAUUCUACACCGCUGUCGAAGACCCUUUAACGCAUCUAUAUUCCUUCCAAUCAGCAAUAUGGUGCAAGAGACUCAACAACAAAGGACAAUGCUUGCUCUUCCCAUCCUCCCUUACAGAAGCUGCAUUAAAUUGGUUCUACUGUCUGGAGCCGGGAAUCGUAGACUCAUUCGACGAGUUAAAACAGAUUUUUCUCAAUCACUUUAUGAUCCAGACGGACCGUCUGUACUUUGUCGAUGAUCUGUACACGAUUCGGCAUAGAGAAGACGAGCGACUACGAGAAUAUGCCGCGCGUUUUAGUCAUGAAUACUCGAGGUGCCCAAAAACGGAUGACAGGGCAGCUUACGGCGCCUUCAAGAGCAGCCUUUGGUCCUCACACUUCUGGUACCUCGUGCACAGUAGCAAUUGGCGCACUUAUGACGAGUUGAUGAAGCAGGCAACAAUCCACGCCAAGGCUGAAUAUUUCAACUCAAAGUCCGGGCUUUCUGCUCGGCACCAGCAUUGA